AUGAAGCAAGGAAACCUAUUAAGUUUUUUUAAAAGAAAAAAUAACGUGGAUGAUGAAGAGGAGGCCUCUACAUCAGGAUUGGAUUCAUCUAUUAAUGUGAACAAACAUUUUAAAGGUAAUUCUGAAUCUGCCUUAUCUUCAGAAGUAAAUCAUCCGCACCCGCAGGAUAUUGCAAAUUUUCUGAAUUCUGGUUCCGUAUCAGAUAAAAUAAAAAUAAUUGAAACACUUUGGAUCCCGCCACCAUCAUACACUUUCCCUUUAAUAGAUAGAUUUAAAGACAAAAAGUUCAAACUGAGAUUCCAACACAAGUGGCUCACAGAAUUUAAUUGGCUUUGUUAUUCCGCCAAAGAACAGGGUGCUUUUUGUAAAUUUUGCGCAUUUAUUGGUAUUACUAGAGGUGUCGGAGGGCAAACAUUAGGUGCAUUAGUGAAUGUAAAAAUGGACAAUUGGAAAAAGGCAAAAGAGAUAUUUGUUGCCCAUGAGUCUGCAAGAUAUCACAAAGAUUGUAUAUGUGCCUACGAAAAUUUGGAGAAAAUACAAAAAGGGGUUCAAGAAGAAGUUAUAGAUUUACUGGAUGAAAAAAGAAAAGAACAAGCAAAGCAAAAUCGGAAUAAAACUCGACCGAUUAUAGAAGCAAUUAUAUUAUGUGGUCGUCAAGAAAUGUCGUUAAGAGGACACAGAGAUUCGGGAGCCUUAGAAAUAGACGAUAGCUCAAAAAAUGAAGGGAAUUUUCGGGAAAUAUUAAAAUACAGAGCAAAGGGAGACACACAGCUACGGGAAACUCUGGAAAUAAUAAACAAGGCAGAGGCGUUUGCUAUUCUUGUCGACGAAACAACAGAUAUUUCUACAGUCGAACAAGUUAGCAUAUGUGUAAGAUACGUGAGUGAUAAUAACAACAUAAAUGAAGAUUUCUUACAGUUUAUUCCAGCUGAUAGUUUGACAGGUGAAAAUUUAUCAAACACAAUCUUAAAUAGCCUGGAAAGUUUUGGCAUGGAUAUAAGCUACCUGGUGGGGCAAGGGUACGAUGGUGCUGAAAAAUUUAAUGAAGUGCAAAAAUUUAUUCGACAAAGAUAUCCAAAGGCUAUUUAUAUACAUUGUGCUGCACAUUCAUUAAAUCUGGCCAUUUCCAAAGCAUGUGAGGUUCAACAAAUAAGAAAUUGUCUUGGAGUUAUUGAAAAACUAUAUACUUUUUUUAAUACUCCAAAGCGCAAAAAUGUGCUUUUAAGUAAAAUCGAAGAAUCAAAUGAACAUUCAUCUGCAAAAUCCCUAAAGAGAUUAUGCGCAUCUCGAUGGAUAUCCAAAUAUGAAGCAGUGUAA